AUGGCGCUGCCUUUGAUGAUGGAAAUUGGUUUAGAGAGAGGAUUCAGAACUGCACUGAGUGACUUUGUACUUAUGCAGCUGCAGUUAGCAUCUGUUUUCUUCACAUUCUCUCUUGGGACCAAAACUCACUACUACGGAACCACACUGCUCCAUGGAGGAGCUGAAUAUAGAGCUACUGGGCGCGGAUUCGUGGUGUUCCAUGCCAAAUUUGCCGAGAACUAUCGAUUAUAUUCUCGCAGCCAUUUUGUCAAGGGUAUCGAGCUGAUGAUUUUGCUUAUUGUGUAUGAAAUAUUUGGGCAGUCAUACCGAGGAGCUAUCGCGUACAUUUUCAUCACGGUUUCCAUGUGGUUUAUGGUUGUCACCUGGCUCUUUGCACCAUUCCUAUUUAAUCCUUCUGGGUUCGAGUGGCAGAAAAUUGUAGAUGACUGGACUGACUGGAAUAAGUGGAUUAAUAACCGUGGGGGUAUUGGUGUACCACCAGAGAAAAGUUGGGAAUCAUGGUGGGAAAAAGAGCAGGAGCCUCUUAGACAUUCCGGAAAGCGUGGCAUUGUUCUUGAAAUAGUGCUUGCAUUGCGCUUCUUUAUCUACCAAUAUGGUCUUGUUUAUCAUUUGAACAUCACCACUCACACAAAGAGUGUGUUGGUUUAUUGCCUGUCAUGGGUCGUCAUCUUUGUAAUUUUGCUUGUGAUGAAGACGGUAUCAGUUGGGAGGCGGAAAUUCAGUGCAGAGUUCCAACUUGUCUUCCGGCUGAUUAAGGGGCUCAUAUUCGUAACAUUUAUCUCCAUCAUUAUAAUCUUAAUAGCAAUCCCCCAUAUGACAGUUCAGGAUAUAUUUGUUUGCAUCCUUGCCUUCAUGCCAACUGGAUGGGGUUUGCUUUUGACCAGGAUGCUCUUCAACCAGGCCUUCAGUAGAGGUCUGCAGAUCUCGCGUAUUCUUGGCGGGCACAAGAAAGACCGGGCAGCACGGAACAAGGAGUAG